AUGUCCAACACCAGCUCCAUCACCCAGUUCCUCCUCCUGGCAUUCACAGACACGCGGGAGCUGCAGCUCUUGCACUUCUGGCUCUUCCUGGGCAUCUACCUGGCUGCCCUCCUGGGCAACGGCCUCAUCAUCACCGCCAUAGCCUGCGACCACCGCCUGCACACCCCCAUGUACUUCUUCGUCCUCAACAUCUCCAUCCUUGACCUGGGCUCCAUCUCCACCACUGUCCCCAAAGCCAUGGACAAUUCCUUCUGAGACACCAGAGACACCUCCUACUCAGGAUGUGCUGCACAGGUCUUUUUGCUUUCUUUGUUCUCAGCAGAAUAUUCUCUCCUCACCGUCAUGGCCUAUGACCGCUACGUUGCCAUCUGCAAACCCCUGCACUACAGGACCCUCCUGGGCAGCAGAGCUUGUGUCCACAUGGCAGCAGCUGCCUGGGGCAGUGGGUUUCUCAAUGCUCUCCUGCACACGGCCAAUACAUUUUCACUGCCUCUCUGCAAGGGCAAUUCCCUGGACCAGUUCUUCUGUGAAAUCCCCCAGAUCCUCAAGCUCUCCUGCUCAUGGACCUAUCUCAGGGAAGUUGGGCUACUUGUGGUUAGUGCCUGUUUAGCAUUUGGAUGUUUUGUUUUUGUUGUGGUGUCCUAUGUGCAGAUCUUCAGGGCCGUGCUGAGGAUCCCCUCUGAGCAGGGACGGCACAAAGCCUUUUCCACGUGCCUCCCUCACCUGGCCGUGGUCUCCCUGUUUGUCAGCACUGGCACAUUUGCCCAUCUGAACCCCUCUAUGCCCUCCCCAUCCCUGGAUCUGGUGGUGUCAUUUCUGUACUCAUUGGUGACUCCAGCAGCGAACCCCCUCAUCUACAGCAUGAGGAACCAGGAGCUCAAAGAUGCACUGAAGAAACUGAUUCAAUGAGUAGUUGUUCAGCAGCAAUAA